AUUAUCACCAUCUUCUCUGCCUCCCUCAUAUCAGUAUUAGACCAAGGGGGACAGCCCAUCCAAGGAUGUACAGUCCCUCACCUCGAGAUCUUACCUUCCAGUCGCGGGGUUGAAAGCCUCAAGUGACAGUCGCUAUGGACCCCACAAACGGAGCUGGAGCAGCGCUGGCGCAAGGCCAGACUCAGCAGAACGGCGAGUCCCAAAAUGCUGGCGGUUACAAGCUCAAGUUUUGCACAGUAUGUGCGAGUAAUCAGAACAGGUCGAUGGAAGCCCACCUUCGACUUUCCGAGGCAAAUUUUCCAGUCAUCUCCUUCGGCACGGGAUCUUUAGUCCGACUACCCGGCCCUACAAUAACACAACCUAAUGUCUACCAGUUUAACAAGACCUCGUACGAUAGCAUGUACAAGGAGUUGGAGGCCAAGGAUCCCCGGCUUUAUCGAGCCAACGGCCUCUUGAACAUGCUGGGCAGAAAUCGAGGCGUCAAGUGGGGACCGGAGCGGUGGCAGGACUGGCAGGUUGGUAUGCCUCGAAUGUCUCACGAUAAAGAUCUUGGCAGCCAAGGGACUGAGGGUGGCCUCGUUGACGUUGUCAUAACCUGUGAAGAACGUUGCUGGGAUGCAGUUGUCGACGACCUGCUCAACCGGGGCUCUCCGCUCAACCGGCCUGUCCAUGUCAUUAACGUCGAUAUCAGGGACAACCAUGAGGAGGCCUCGAUUGGGGGUAGAGGCAUCCUAGACCUUGCACAUUCGUUAAAUGCAGCGGCGAAGGAGGAGCGGGAGAAGGUGGGUACCAUCGCCUUUGACGCUGGAGGCGCUGCGAGCAGAUCAGCCUUCGAUGAGAGGGUGCCAGAUAUCAUAGCGGAGUGGCAAGAGAGAUGGCCGCACCUCCCAGCUACAUGGACGCUGGCCUGGUUUUAGGAUGCUCGUUUGGGCGCUUACGCAGUAGGCCGAGACACCCGUUACCUAGCUAGAUACCUAGGUAUGUUUAUGAAUGAUGAAUGCACGACAGAAGGUGAUUUGCCUAUAUGCGCUAUGCACCGAGACACUAUCGUAUCAAGAGACUCUGUAC